UUCGCUCGGGGCACUGCUGUGGGCUCAGGCUUCGCGCGGUACGUACCCGCCAUGGCGCUGCUGCUGCUGCAGCUUCUCCGGCGGCUGCUGCGCUGCCUCGGCUGGCCGCGCCACCAGGCCGUGUUUUUUGAAACUCAGGUGUUUGGCAGCAGUAUCAGUCGUACCCUCGGAACAUGCCUUCCUUCGGCAGUCUCAUCAGGAAGGCAUUUCCAGCAGUUAUAUGCUGUCAUAAGGAAGUAUCAGGCCAAGGUCACAUCUCUUUGCCAAAAAAAGGAAUAUGGACCUACUCGAAGUAUUGUCCGUAGACUGGGGACAAUUCUUUCCUUGGAGCCCUACCCCAGACCCUAUUUUCAAUUUGUUCAAGACCAAAGUCCAUUGGGUUGUGAUGAGCAAAAUGUGGCUCCAUCACUUGCUGAUGUCCUGUGGGUGGCAAAUGAUGAAGGACAAGCGUGUACUAGACUUAGGACUGAAUUGAGAAGAAAAGAAAAAAGUACAGCUCCUCCUGACCUGCAUCCAUGUCUGGAUUCAAUACAGAGUAUUCCAAAAAACAUUGCACAAAAAGACGUUGUUGAUCAAGCAGCACUCCAGAAAAUUUCUGCACUUGAAGAUGAACUGACCUUUCUUCGUGCUCAGAUUGCUGCAAUUGUUUCAGCGCAGACCUUGGGAAGCAUUCCCUCAAAAACCUUUAAAACACUCAACACUCCAGAUGGAUUUUACCCACUGCCAGCCGUGACUUCUACGCCAUUGUCCGUCUCACACACUCACUUUGUAAUUCCCUCGCCUCCUCCACUUCCUUCUGGUGCACCAUCUGGUGUUGAUGCUAGUAAUUCUGCACUGGAACUUAUCAAACAACGCAGAGCUACAAGGAACAGUGUUGCAACUGCAUCUGACAGUAUGCAUCACCAGAGGACAAAGAACAUUCCCAGUAUGAUGGAUGUUUUGAAAGACCUAAACAAAGUUCAGUUGCGAGCUGUUGAGAGGUCUCCUGGAGGCACUCCUCUUUCUAGACCCACAAAGACACAAAGUUCAGAUUGGGAUCCAGUUGCUCUACUGACUCAUGCUCUAAAGCAGAAAUUUGCACAUAAAAAUGAUGAUGAAGAUGAUUCUCUGGACAAAGAAAAUAAUUCUUUUGAUAGCUCUCCAUUUUCUAGUCCUGAGAUGCCAGUGGUUGGACGCUGCAUUCUGAAACCAAAUGCAAAACCCAACCUUACAAGAACUGAUGGAGUUAAGCAGGUACCAGCAUGGAAAGGGAGAGCUCGUGUUUAGUGGAGACUUCCAAGGAAAGUUAAGUGUGUAUAAGUGGUGGGUCCACUUUGAAACUGCUGUAAGGUGCUGUAACGUGUUCUAGAGCAUACCCUUCCUAUGCUGUUGAAGUUUUGCAUGAGUGUUGCAUGGUUUGUAAAAUUACCUCUUCCUUCUCUUUGAUUUCCCAGUAGCCAAACUUGUGAACAUGAUGCUUUUACAACAAGCACAGAACUGAGAGAAGGCUUCCAUUGUUGUGGAGCAGUGUCUUUGGAACCUGGGAAAUUAAAGAAAGCAGUAUGUGUGUGUGGGGAAAACAAAGAUCUAUUGCUGUGAUGGCUGAGGUAUAUGCUGUUUGCACUCCAGUGUAAAUAACAAAGAAGUGUAAACGUUUUGUUAGUGUGAUAAAACUACUGUAUAUAAUGUUAAUACUUUUUCAUGAGAGUGGCAUAGUUGCCUUGGUUUUCUUUGCAGUUUGCUGAUGCAACUCAUUCCAUGUGCAAACAGUUUUCUAAUUUAUUUUGGGUCAGGAGAUGAACUUUCAUGUUUGUGGAACUUUGAACUCUAAGUAGACUACUGGUCAUCUAUUCAAUGCCUGUAAUAUGAGGGAGUUGUGUUCUGAGGAAAAAAAGACCUUGCAGAGAGAUCUGCUUGCAUACAGUCUAAAUUUCAUAUGUAAGUAAAUACUAAUUCCUGUCUUGACAUGUGCAUCUGAACUCUGUUUUGUUCCCAAGAGCUUAUAAAAUAAAAUUCUCUUUGUAUUGUA